GUGGACGAUAGACCAGAUGGCUUUGGGGACUCCCGGGAGAAGGUUGUGACAUUCGGCUUUGAUUACUGCUAUUGGUCAGUCAACCCAGAGGACCCCCGCUAUGCAUCGCAGGAUGUGAUGGGCAUCCAGUUUUGCCAGCGCCAUUUGUUAAAAAGACUGUCUUUUCCCAAUUUGAUGGACUUUGGGCCCUUGUUGAAGAUCAGGUGACCACAGCAACCUUGAAAAGUGGGAAUUACUACCUCUACUUUACAGACAGGAAAACUGGAGUGAAGUAACUUGUCCACAGGCAUGCUACUAGUCUUUGAGGUUGGAGGAAGUUCAAAGGAGGAAGGCACCCUGCCAGUGGGACACAGGAGGCGGAUGCUGCUCAAAUCAGCACAAAGCAGUAAGUCCAGCAUUGAGGAAAACUUCCGGAACCCUCAGCGAACAUGACCCAAGCCCUCUCUGUGGAUGGGGCCUCUGUUCACAACCCCUCAGCUGGCUGGAUCCGUGUGUCAUGAACAAGCUGCUGCAGUAGAAGAGCCUGUGUGGUCAAAAGAUUCUGUAUCAUCCACAUGUCAUCAUUCCUUGCUUGUAUUCCAGGAUUUGGGGACUGAAGUGCUGUCUGGAGCUGCCAAAGGCUAUAACAUAUGCCUUUUUGCCUACGGACAGACAGGCUCUGGGAAGACAUACACCAUGCUGGGGACCCCAGCCUCCAUGGGGCUGACGCCACGGAUAUGUGAGGGUCUCUUCAGCAGGGAGGAAGACCAUCCCUCACUGCCUUCCUCCUGUAGGAUAAAAGUAAGUUUCCUGGAAAUCUAUAACGAAAGGGUACGGGAUCUUUUGAAGCAAUCUGAUCAGAAGAAGCCCUAUACUCUGCGGGUCAGGGAGCACCCAGAGAUGGGGCCCUAUGUACAAGGUUUAUCUCAACAUGUAGUUACCAACUAUAAGCAAGUAAUUCAACUCUUGGAGGAGGGGAUAGCAAACAGAAUCACAGCAGCCACCCAUGUUCAUGAGGCCAGCAGCAGAUCUCAUGCCAUCUUCACUAUUCACUACACGCAGGCAAUCCUGGAGAACAACCUCCCCUCUGAAAUUGCCAGCAAGAUCAACCUUGUGGACCUAGCAGGCAGUGAAAGAGCGGACCCCAGUUACUGUAAAGACCGGAUUACUGAAGGAGCCAAUAUCAACAAGUCCCUUGUGACUUUGGGAAUUGUCAUCUCCACCUUAGCCCAGAACUCCCAAGUAUUCAGCAGCUGCCAGAGCCUCAACAGUGCAGCUAGUGAUGGUGGUGACAGUGGGAUUCCUAGCUCUUCUUCUAGGACCAGCAGUGGAGGGAGACCUUCCCGGAAGCAAUCUUACAUCCCAUACCGGGACUCUGUGUUGACCUGGCUGCUGAAGGACAGCCUUGGCGGCAACUCCAAAACCAUCAUGGUUGCCACCGUGUCUCCUGCACACACCAGCUACAGUGAGACCAUGAGCACACUGAGAUACGCAUCCAAUGCCAAAAACAUCAUCAAUAAGCCACGGGUGAAUGAGGAUGCAAAUGUAAAGCUGAUCAGAGAACUCAGAGAGGAGAUCGAAAGAUUGAAAGCCAUGCUGCUGAGCUUUGAACUGAGGAACUUCAGUUCACCGAAUGACGAAAAAGAUGAAAAUCUGAAGGAGCUGGUUCUCCAAAAUGAGUUGAAGAUUGACCAGCUGACUAAAGACUGGACCCAGAAGUGGAGUGACUGGAAGGCCCUCAUGGAGUACUACAGUGUGGACAUCAACAGGAGGAGGGCAGGCCUGGUCAUUGACUCCAGCCUGCCACACCUGAUGGCCUUGGAAGAUGAUGUGCUCAGCACAAGUGUUGUGCUCUAUCACCUUAAGGAGGGGACAACAAAAAUAGGAAGGGUUGACUCAGACCAGGAACAGGACAUCGUCCUGCAGGGCCAGUGGAUCGAGAGAGACCACUGCACCAUCACCAGUGCCUGUGGGGUAGUUGUUCUGCGGCCCACCCCGGGGGCCCGCUGCACAGUGAAUGGCCGAGAGGUCACUGCCUCCUGCCGUCUGACCCAAGGAGCAGUUAUAACCCUGGGGAAAGCACGGAAGUUCCGAUUCAACCACCCAGCAGAGGCUGCGGUCCUGCGGCGGAGGAGACAGGUUGGAGAGGCCGUUGGUGGCAAUGGCUCUUUGGAGUGGCUGGACUUGGACGGAGAUGUCACUGCCUCUCGGAUGGGUCUCUACCCUUUGCUUUGGAAGGAAAGAGGAGUGCUGGGAGAACAGGGUGAGGAGGACCACCCGCAGCCGGGGAAUGGAGCGACAUCCCACGGGGCCCAGAUUCAGCAGCAGCAGUGCUAUGCAGAGGAUUUGAGGCAGCACAUCCUGGCAGGAAGCAUCAGAGCUGAGCAGGAGCUGGAGUUGGACCAGGCUGUCCUCAACCAGCAGAUUAAAGACAACCAGCAGUGGCUGCUCAGAGAAGAGACCUGGCUGGCCAGCUUGCAGCAACAGCAGCAACAAGAUUGUGUAGCAGAGAAAGAGCUCGAGGCCUCUGUGGCACCCGAUGCUUGGCUUCAGACAGAUGGUGAGGCUCAGCCACCCCCACUGUUCCAAAGCCAGAAGCGAGCGGCGCAGCUACAGCUCCUGCGGAGACACGCUCUUCGGACAGCAGAGCGGAACGUCUGGCGAAAAACGGCCACGUUCCAGCUAGAGAGAACCAUCGAGAAGCAGAGGCUACUGGAGGCCCAGAGGAGCUUGGACCAGCUCAAGGCAUUGUGCUGGCUCCAGGAUGACAGCACCCAGCAGCCCCCAGACCAGGUCCCAGGGCCUCGACGUAGAAGCAGAGCAGCAGGUUGCAGUUCUUUGAGCCUCCAAAGGCUUUGCAGCCCAUACUCGCCCCAGCUGCACAGUGUUCUCCUGAGUCAGGAUCCCUCAACCCCGUUACCACCUAUGCCUGGCCCCACUCACCAAAUGUCAGAGAAAACUCCGUCAGAAGAGCGUUUGCCCCAGACUGCUUCUUACCCUCCAAGGACAAGGAGUCUCAACAAAAAUGACCUCUGUUCCUCCACCCAGGGGCAGCUCUGCACAGCCAGGGGAGCCUUGGCCAUGAAGGAAGCCUCAGCUCCAGGCACCUGCUUCACUAUGCGCCUCGAGUCUGCCAGCAUUCAGGAAAUGGAGAGGGUGGGUAAGCAGCCUCGUCAGAAGGCGUCCCAGGGCUCGGCAUCACUGAGCCAACCAGCUAACAAGCUGAAGCCAGGGGAUGAGCCAGAGGUCCCCACCCCUACCUCCCAGAGCAGAAGGGUUAAGGGACCAGCAGGAUCGGGCUACACACAAGCUGGGUGGCAAAAAGAAGGGGCCCUUGCAACCCACAAGGCAGCCAAAGGAGCCAGUUGCAGUUCCUCACAUCCCCGUGCACCUAAGCAGAUGUCUGGGUGUGAAAAGGCAGCCAAGACUUUCCGGGCAGAAUCCAAACCAAAAUCUCCAAGCAGGGCAUCAGAAAGGCAGCAGAGGGUGCUGGCAGAUAGAGCCAGAGGCGCUGCCAAGAAGUGCUCUCAUUUGCCUCAUGGCAGUCCUUUAAAGAGGCGGUGCAGUGCAGGGGACCCAGAUACCACGGCCCCACUCACAGACUCCAGCCCUGUAGUGGGUCAUGCAGGAGAAAAAGACGAUGAUUUAUCUGACGCAAAUAGUGAUUACUCAGUGGAUUCUCUCUCCUGUGUCUAUGCCAAAGCCCCGGCAGAGCUCCUGAAGCCAGAGGACCCGCAGGGGAAGAAGCCAGAACUCCCAAAGCCAGAGAACUCCGAAAGUGAUGACAGCCAAAUAUCUGAGGACUCACUGGCUGAGAGGGGGUUCCAAACCCAAAAAGACAGUCCUGAGGGCACUCAUCUUACCAGUGGCCCUGGCUCCCACAGGGCCAGGACGAGAGCCUCUGGGAGGGGCUGUGGCAUCCCCUCAGAUAGUAGGCUGCUCACUCAGGCUCACAAGACCUUUUCCUUGGACAGUCUGAUUGAUGCUGAGGAGGAACUGGGGCGAGAUCAGCAAGAAGAGCCUUUCCUUGGCUCACCUGAGGAGAUGCCCACGGAGACCUUCUGGCACCUGCAGAACUCCGAUGUGUGUGCAUUGGGCCAGGAGGCAACGAGCACUUCAUCUUAUCUCGAUCCCCCGUUCCAGCCUGAUUGGAAGCAGCCCGAGUCAGCUGUGGAGGCAUGCUGCUCUGAAAAGGCCAGCUCUCUUCCAGGCAUGCUGCCAUCCAGAGGGAGCCCGCUGAUGUCCAUGGAUUCCUGGUUUUCCUGUGACUCAAACAUGAACCCCAGCAACCCCCCAGGAAUAGUGGGUUCUUUAUGUCCAAGUCCUGAUGUCCAGGAAUUUCAGCUCUGUGGUUGGGAGAAGCCUGGGUACUGGCUAAAUAUGGAAGAACUAAAGCCAUCGGGUACAGCAGUCCAGCCAUACAGCUUCACAGGGCUCCAAGGCAGUGCUGAGCUACCCUGCAACGUAAGAGAUGGGUACACAACCCCUGCUUCUGCUAAGUCCAAGCUGUCGCUCUGGGGGACUCACAGGCUUCUUCAGCCAGGAGCUGACGGCACCUUUCAGGGAAGGAGUAUUCCUGACACAGCCCAGCAGGGCACCUCUGAAGCAUCACACAGCUCUAGUGUGUCCAGUGUGUUGGCUGCCUCUGCCGCCUCCCUCACUCACCUAGGCAGCUCCUGUGCGUGGGACUGGUCUGCCCUUCAGCAAAAGUAUCUGCUGGAACUGUCUCAUCCUGUUUUGGAAGCUAUAGGAGAGCCCAGGCCAGCUUUCCCCUGCCUUGAGAAAGACUCUGGUUCCCUGGCCCAAGCUUCUGGCAAAGAAGGAGAUUCUCUAUUGCCAGUUGGUUCUAGGGUAUCGAGCAAUGUGGAUUUCAACUACUUUUCCAUCCAUCUAGCCAAAAGUAGCGAUUUGAGGGCAGAGAAAGAUCAGGACAGUUUGAGUGCCAAGUUAGAAGGUACUUCAGAUUUCUUGAGAACUAGCGAGAAAGAGGCGAGUAAUGAUGAAGCUUCUUCAUUAGACUUAGAAUUGUUGGCUUCUGGAACCACAAAUGCACAAGCGUUUGCAGGAGAGAGCAAGAUAGUAAAUUCAGUGACAGAAACAUGGAAAGUCAAACAGAGCAACUUGGGAGAGCACUGUGAAGGUAGCAGGAAGCCUGGACUGAUGACUUCCUCCUAUGAUUGUUUCUUCCUUAAGAACCCUUGUCACCGUACUGGCACCAUGGCCACCAAAGAAGACAGUUGGCCCCAAGGCUGGGUGUCUCUCAGGAAGAGUAUUCAAGACCAGCCAGGGCAACCAAGGCACAACAGCCACCACCCCCUCCAAGAAGAGAAGGCAGAUUGCCAGCAGAGCACCAAGGACACAGAUUUUUCCUUUGCCUUUCCCUCAGAUUCAGAGCUGUACCUGCACUCAGCUCCCCGGGAUCCGUUUCCCUCUUCCCUGCAGCCACCCCCCUUAGAAACUUUCUAUGUGACCAAAAGUAGGGAUGCCCUGACGGAAACUGCCUUAGAGAUUCCAGCGUGCAGAGAAGCAGGGGUGCAUUCUCCACCCCUCAGGGAAGCCUUGGGCUCCAGUCUUGACCACCAAGUCCUCCACGAUGCUUAUUUGGAGAAUCAUUUGCCAGUGCUCUUAGAAAACCAAAGUUCCAAGUUUGCCUCAUCUCGGCAGGUCACAGCAGAGAGGCCAGUUGACCUGAACACUGGGGAAGCUAUGGGAGAAGUAUGGAAAUGCCCUGCAAAUAGUAAAGAAAGCCACAACGCAGUUUACUUUUCUGUUGCUCAAAACGGACAUCAUCUCUCUCCUGCCAGCACAAAAGCACGUGAAUCUGAAAAUCAAGUUGGAAUUUUAAAUAAGAAACAGGGUCUUCCAGCACUCAAGGAGGGAGAAAAGGCCAUUACCCCGUCCUGCUGCAAGGCUUCCUCAAGCCGUUCUGUUUCCGGGAAGCCUCUCUCUGUUGGUGAAUCUGGGGAAGAUGCACAGGGUCAGAAUGCAGUCCUGAGGCAGAGCCAGGCCUUACAUAUGAACAGGCAGUUUCCUUCUGGGGCUAGGUCUGAUUUCAUCUGUAAAGCCAUCAAUUUAGGCUUUGAGAAGAACAUGCUAGGAGAAACUGCUAUUUCUCUGAAGUCCAGAGCAGUAGAUCACAAAGCCGGCAACCCAGUGACAGUGGCCCAGGAUGAGAGCCCUGCCCACAGGUGGAAAGAGAAGCAUGAAACUGGGCUUCUUGGAAAAGCUCUCCAUUCUACAGACAGCGCAAAUGAGCCUAAGCUUCCGGGGGCAGACUCGACAUAUGGAAGAUUCCAGACCAUUCCAUCCUCUCAGGAAAGAAACCUCAAUAAGUGCCAACUACCUGGCAAAUCACCAGAAAGGACAAAGGAAGAACCUUCUGGGGAAAAACAGAAUAAAAGAGUUAAUAAUGAUGAUGAAAUGGCGAGGCUGAUUAGGAGUGUAAUGCAGCUAGAACAUAGCAUCUUGGAAAUCGAAUCCAAGCAGAACAAGCAGCUGCGGGCUUCCCACACACCAGGGGUCAGAAAGGAGAUUAUGUUCCACGACUGGGAGAAGGCUGACCAUGUCCUGAGGCCAGGCAGCCCUGGAGACCACUUGUCCUUCAACGAUCAUCCAUGUUCUCCAAAACACCACGAUGAUGUUAUCUCGAGGGAUUGUGACGUCAGAGAAAUGAAGGAGCUUAGCAAUUGCGUUGGGAAAGACCCCCAGGUGCAGAGCCCCUUCAAGGCAAGGGAGUAUAUAGAAGAAAUUCAAUUUGUGAGAGAGCUCAGCCACCCAGCUACUUCAGAGAGCUCUGCCGAGGACACUUGGGAUUAUUUAGGGACAUGUAUAGCUCCCAGAGGGCUCACCAACACUUCCCUUCACCCAAGGAGAGUGAUAGCAUCGGCCAGGGCUCUGCCACUGCAGCCCAAGCAAGAGAGGUCUUCCGAAAAUGAGGGUGAGUUGUUAGACGCGUCAGCUAGCCCCAAAGAGCAGCCAUAUAAUUUGGGAAGUCUUACGGAAUUGAAGACUGUAAAAGUUUUCCAUAAAAACCAAGUUGCUGAACACAUAAGCAGUUCCAAUCAAAAGGAGCUAAAAGUUCAAGGCAGAAUUGAAGAAAUGACUGUGCAAAUGGGACGGAGCCUACAGGAGGAAAAUAAACUGGUCUUAUCACAUCAGAAACUUCCUAGUCCGAGCCAGCUUUAUAUGAGCAGAUUCCUCAGCCAGGAGACCAUCUGCCCACUGCUGAGCCAGAUAGACUCUUCUUCUGCAGCGUCUUCUCACCAAGACCUGACUAAAACCUUGCCCUUGAAUUCUCCGGGAUUGCCAAGGAGCAAUUUUUAUGCACCUGACACUAUAGGCAUCUUUUCAGUUGACUAUGUACUAGAUCCCACAGUGUUUAAAAUUCAUGACAGCCCCUUGGUAGCUCGAGUCGGGCAUCAGGACCAGAGUGGAGAUACCAGAAGCCACAGCCCUCGGGGAUAUGUUAGAAGGAUCACCUCCGGGGCACACCCUGGUUGGUGUGGAUCUGCGAUCUCUAUGGCCAUAGGAUCUCACGGUCAGUCUGGUGCACCAGAGAGCAUUUCCCUUGAGGAAGGGGGCAGGGUAUCAGCAAGCACCACCCCCCAAGACCAGGGAAGGGGCUUCAGAAGCACCUUCAUGGACUUGAGUACCAGGGAGGGUUUUGCCCCUGAAACAGAGGCAGCUACACAAAAAGAAAUAAAGAGAGCCAGUCCCCUAAACAGGGUCUCUAGCCAGCUUGAAAAGAGGGCCAGCAGUCCCUUAGAAGAGGUUGGCUUCCAAGACAGAGAGGCAAGGCAGAAGGCAGAGAAUGAGGCCAAGAACCUCAGUGUUACCAGUGAUGCCUUCUCAGCGCCUGCCUCCUUGACGGAAGUUCCCGGUCCAGAGUGCAGGAUACGGGAGUCCUCUGCCCACACAUCGUUGUGUCUGGCUCUGUUGGAGGAGGUCCGACAGGCAAAGGCCCAGGGAAAACAGCUCAGUGACUUUGUGGCUAGGAGGACAGUCCUUCCUUACUAUGCAACUUUACUAGAACCUGAAUGUUCUUCAUGGGUCCCCAGGAGGCCUCGGUAUAAACACACGGACCAGACUGUGUUGGACAGAACCAGGAACGAAGGUGAAGCACGGGGAUUUCACGUGGCAUUUCUGUCUGCUGCACUGGGACAUCUGGUGGCUGAUGAGAGGAAAGUCCUCCAGGCCACACCCCUCUCUGUAGAGAGCUUCCAACUUCUUCCCAACUCGGAAACUCCUAGAGGGACCUGGCUGCCGUCACAGGCUUCCUCCCUCGUUGGCCCUGCUCUAGGCAAAAGCUGUUGCACUGGAGAGCUGAGAAAUGUCCUAGGAGUAGGUGAACAGUUUAUCCCUCAUUCUAGUAUCCCUCAUUCUAGUUCUUUUGAAGUCAUAGAGAAACAGAAAGAAGCCACCAGAACAUCUUCCACCCCUGGUCCUUUGGGCUCACACUGUCCUUCAGCGGCUGUGGAGGACAGGAAGGUAGAACCAGAGAAAAUGGUACCUGCCUUGUCUUUUCAGGCCCCCUCUGAUGAGUCUGGCAUGAUUCCUCAUGCACCAAGUUGGCUAACUGCCUGUGAGACCACAGAUGAUACACUCCCUGACCACCAGGAGAGCCACCCUGAGCACCUGGAACCUAGCAUUCUAGGCACCACACAUGGGGGAGGUUCAGGGAACUUCUUAGUGACUGUACAGGCAGGAAAAACAACCUGUUUUGAACAUCAGUCUGUACUCUGUGACGUUCAAAGGUCUGCAUGGCUCUCAAGGCCUCAGCAAGACCAUGGUCAAUGCCUUAGAGCUUCCACAGGCUUAGAAGAAGGGAGGGCAAGUCCCAAACAAGGUUCCCUCAGGUCUGAAGACCUGAGAAGGGUUGAACUUGAAGAUCCCUCACAGCAGCGUGUGAACUGGAAGGGGAGUGUUGGGUCUAGGCUGGCAGAAGCUUGUAGGUCUGGCAGCAAACAUCCCAAGUUAAGUUCAUUGCCAGAUCAAAGACCUAGCCCAGGCCCCGGGGGUGUUGGGGAGGAGGCCUCAUUCAGAUGCCCAGAGAAAACUUUAGAUUGCAUUGUCUCAGGGACCAUUGAAGGCAGCAGGACUCCCAGCCCAUCUGGGGGACUAGCAGAGAGCCUAGCUCUUCCGUCCCUGCAGCUGUGUGACUCUCAGCACAUUGCUUCUCAUGCCUGUUCUCCUCACUCCUCCGCUUUACUGUGUUGUGGAGGUGGUGACCUGCAGAGAGGGACUUCCAAGGCUGCCCCGAACACUGUCCACCUGCCCUCCAUCAUACCUUCCAGAGGCUGUGGCAUCGAUGAGAGAGAAGCGGGCCAUUCCAGGGAACCUGACGUGCUCUUGGCACAUGGCCUCAAGGCCAGAGGUAUGAAUAUGGAGUUCGGGCCAGCACAUUGCAGCACUCUGGAGCCCCUAGAGACAGCUACUGUCUUUUCUCUGGCUCAAGGCUGCAGUUCUUCUUUGGCCCCUGAUAGGAGGACAAGUUCCCUCGGCCACUCAAGUGCUGAUGGAAGCUCAAGGUCGGCAGGAAGCCCUGAGAGAAAGUUUGUUGAGAAGAAAACCAGCACAGAGUCUGAGGCUGUGCCACCUGUGGGCAUGUGCUCUGAGUCACUGAGGCAGCCUCAGGACAACUGUGCAGGUGGCCAGAACACACAGAUGUCUCAAACUCAGCCAAAGCCGUGUGCAACAAAUGGGGCCCUAAAUGCCUGCCAGAAUUUAAGUGAAGGAUCUGUUGAGAAUGAGCUGGUGGUGGAGCCACAGCAUGGGUGUUUAGAAAAUACCUUCAGGUGCCUUCCUGAAAAGCCACAGCUUUCCUCUGAGUCCAGGGAUGCCCAGGCGGGGUUUGUAGCAAGGUUAAACCACACGCAGAGUACUCGGGUCGACUGUCCCUGGGAGGAGGAGGAGCAGCAGAGAGACCAGGCUUCAGGUGAUGGUGGAAACCCUCUUCAGGGUGGGAGUCCCCCACCUUCAGAUGAAGAUGGCUUGAACGGUCAGAUUAGAGAUGCCAGGACAAAGGAAGAGGCUGUGCCCAAGCUGGAGAGGUUCUCACCAGACUUUGAAGACUCGGCCACUGUGCGUUUGGGGCAAAAUGGACCACCUUCUCCCAUCCAGCCCUGCUCUGGCAGGGGACAAUCACCUUCCCGUCAUCGGGGCUCGGUUCCUGUGAUUGCAGUCUUCUCUGGCCCCAAACACUCCCUUCGAGCCCUUCCCAGACCACAGUUCUCUAUGGUUAGCUCUUCUCGGUCUCUUCAGGAGCUGAACUUGAGUGUGGAGCCUCCUUCCCCCACAGAUGAGGACCCACAGGGACCUAACAGAUUAUGGAGCCCACAUCCUAAGGACUGCUGCUCAAAAGAGCUGGUGGCAAGCACUUCUCUGAAAGCUCAGCACUGCAGUCAGAAAGCCUUGUCUAAUUUAGACAGUAGGAUUGCUGAUCAUGGGCCCUUGAAACCUGCCACCCUGCCCUACCCAGCAUCUUCAGCCCUCUCAUGCCUGCCAACCCAAGAUGUCCUGACCAGUUGGAUGCCUGGUACUCUGGAGCAGACCUGUGAGGGAAGUUCAGAGAAACCGAGUGGCCAGACCAGGCCAACGGAAUGGCUUUCUGGGGUGGACAAAGGAGUGCUGCACUUUGACUCCAGUGACAUCAAUCCAUACAUCCUGCCCUGGCGUUCAGAGGGGCCUGAGCGUGUUGGCUGGAAGCAGUGUGUGUUUGGCAGUGCAGUCAAUGUCUCCUGCAGCCAGACACCCCAGGGCCUGGCACCAUCAGAUGUGGCCCCAGGCUCCAGCAUAGACAGUGGCCUGGAGGACCAGAAUUCCCCCUUUCACUCCCACCUUAGCACCUAUGCCAAUGCCCAGGACCUGUCAAGCACACGUGGCAGCAUCGAGAAUGCUCUGGCUUCAAAUGAAGCUUCGGAAGUAUGGGGUUACUCGUUUGCCUUGGGACGACCCCACUCCGUGACAGGCCAUGAAGGAGCAGACAGGCGAUCCCAGAUCAGGGGCCCCCUUGAUGAAGCAGGCCUGAGGGGUAAGUCCCCCUUGACUGAAGGAAGUGCCACAGGUCCAGUGGAUGAAAUCCCGCGGCUGUAUCCAUCAGCUGCAGACCACACUGGGGGGCAGGCCAGGAUGGGCACCCUUGAGCAGGGCACACAGACCCUAGACUGCAGGCUCCGUCCAAGCUGCACUGACGUCUCCUCUGCCAUGCCAGAAGCCAGUGCAAUGUCAGUCUCUCAUCUGGCCUCGUGGACCAGCAUGCACAACCUGUCUCUCCAUCUCUCACAGCUCCUGCACAGUACCUCGGAGCUGCUGGGGAGCCUCUCCCAGCCAAGUGCGGCCAGAAAGGAGCAGAACACCAAGGUGGCCCCAGGGGAGGCUCCACAGGCCCUUAGGAUGGACAGUUGUACUCAGACCGCUGUGGAUAAGGGCAGCCAGACUGACCUGGCCUCACUGCCUCUGCCCCUCCAGGUACCAGAGGCCAGCAACGCUCAGGAAGCGAAUGUGACCCUUGAAGUGCUGGGCUCAGAUACCUUGACAAUGUCUCCAGAAAAGGGAGCUGUCCCAAGGGCACUGGAGAAGAGAGAGGCAGAAGAAACAGCAUGGAAAACACCAGGGUCCUCAGAUCUUCGGGAAGAAAGCAUCCACUGCAGGCCCCAGAGGCCUCUGGUACUUCCAUCCCAUUUGAGGUUUCAGAAAGACCCCCUUGGGCAGAAGCUGCCUUCUGUGAGCCCCCAAGAUUCUCCCAAUGUGGCCCUGGCUUCUAGCUCCCAACAAGAGACAUCCGCUUGUCUGGCUGUCAGCAGCUCUCGUCUCAGCAUCUGUCACUCCUCAGGGCUCCUCCCCAACACUGCAGAGGCCACUGGGGAGCCCAGGGUCCAGAAGAAGCAGCCAGGCCUCAUGAGUGCCUUAUUGGUGGACAGGGCCUCCUCCCCAAUCCUCAUACUUAGCGCCAGUGCCCAGGGGUCGUGUCCCGUCCCAGGCACCUUGUCUAUCUCAGCCCUCUCACCCCAGCCUCUUGAAGGCCACCAAAAGCUUGACAUUAGCCCAGUCCCAGCACCUGUGGAUGGUUACCCCCAGCCCAGCGAUGAGGCAGUUGACUUGCCGGGAGUCGAUGCUCAUUGUGGAGGAGGCAGGGGUCCCUGGGAGAGGAGUGAUGAGAGGCCCUUCCUUGAGUUAAGCUCGUUAAGCAGCCCACAGCACUGCCCAGAACUCCCAGAUGGUGUCCUAGGACAGCCCCCUCAGCAGCAUCAGCCCAGGACCACCCAGGCAGUGCCCACCUGGGUACAAAGGAGCACACGGCCACCUCUGCCUCUGAGGAGCAGAAGCCAUAGGCUGGCCAAGAGCUUUGUGCCUGAGGAGGUGGCUUCACCAGACUGUGACCCACUGAGCAGUAGGGGGCCAGCUCCGUGGCAAAGCAGGACAGAAAGUGGGAGUGAGCGUCCAGCACUUCUAGUGGGGCCACAGCCCGCUCCAGGUAACUCUUCUCCAUGGGGAGACACCAGGCACCUCAGUCCCUGCCCCGUCUCUGAGGAAACUGAUACGACAGUGCUCCGAGAUUCCGCCUCAGGCCCGGCUGGGGCCCGCCAACCAGAGGGGCUGUGGAGCCCCACUUCCCAGACCUGCAUGGCUUCUGAGCCCUCGCACCACAGUCUGAGGGACCUCCCGGUGCAUAACAAAUUCACCAACUGGUGUGUCCUUUGUGGUGACUCGCCUGUGGGACUGGGUGUGACUGAGGAGCUGGAGACCAGAUGUGAUCUUGGCUCUGGCGAGCAGGGAGAGAGACCCCCCCACGCUCCUGAGGACCAGAGCCAGGCUCCCGAGUGGCCUCAGAGGGAGCAGAUCCCCCUGAAAGUUGGGGCCCAGAACCUGUCACUCAGCCUGGAGCUCACAGAAGCAAAGCUGCACCGUGGCUUCGGGGAGGCAGACGCCCUGCUGCGGGUGCUGCAGAGCGGGACAGGAGCGGCGCUUGCUGCUGAGCACCCAAUGCUUGCCACCUGGGAGGAGCUCCAUGCCCGGCAAAAAAAAGCCAUCCAGACCCUUAGGAAAGAGCGGGCCGAGCGACUUCAGAACUUCCGCCGGACACCAAGUCUCAGCCGCCAGAAGCAACUGAGCCUCCUGCCCAGCAUGGAUUUCCCCAAGUGGGAGCUCAACUUCCCUAGCCGGCGCCGAGAUUACCUGCAGCAACUGAGGAAGGAUAUUGUGGAGACCACCAGGAGCUCAGAGGCUGUACCAAGGUCUGCUCACCCACCCUCUGACAUUGAGCUGAUGCUGCGAGACUACCAGCGGGCCCGGGAGGAGGCCAAGGUGGAGAUCGCCCGGGCCCGGGAACGGCUGCGGGAACGGACUCAACAGGAGAAGCUGAGAAUCCAGGAGCAGAUCGUCUCCCAGCUGCAGAGGGAAGAGGAAAAACUACAGACUCUGGCCAACUCCAGCCCCCUGUGCACCAGCUCCAAUGCAAGCCUCUCGUCUGGUGUCACCUCUGGCUAUGACAGCAACCCAGCCUUGUCAGGCCAGCUGCAGUCCCCAGACACCCUGGGGGACACAGACUUGUCUGACUCCAGAGACGCCUGGAUGGGGGAUGGGCGGGGCCGCCCUGCAGUGAGGAGCCAUCACCUGUGUCUGGCUGGGCCCUCCUGGAAGAACUCAGCUUACGGCCAUGGAGCCUCCCUGGGCAGUGGCUGCUGCUCCCCAUCCAGCCUGUCCAGCUCGAGGACCUGCUUCUCCUCCUCCUACCAGGACCUGGCCAAGCACAUCGUGGACAUCUCUGUGGCUGACUGGCUCUCCAUCUUGAGAAAAGGGGCGUCAGUAUACACUGGCCGGCUGACCACCCAGGGCCCAGUCUGCCCACUGAUGAGGGCGUGGCCACCGUGUCCUCAGGUAAUGGCUGCUUGCUCGAAUAACCUGCACAACCUCUUCAUCCGCCAGGCAGCAGCUGGCUGGAGCUACCAGGGCGAGGAGCAGGAGGUGCGGCUGUACUACAAGGUGUUCUCCUCCACGCGGCACGGCUUCCUGGGGGCCGGCGUGGUGCCCCAGCCGCUGCCUCAGGUCUGGGCAGCUGUGAGUGACCCCACCCUGUGGCCCCUGUAUCACAAGCCCAUCCAGACAGCACAGCUGCACCAGCGGGUGACCAACAGCAUCAGCCUGGUAUACCUGCUGUGCAGCACUGCCCUGUGUGCCCUGACACAGCCGCGGGAUUUCUGCUGUGUCUGUGUGGAAGCCAAAGAGGGGCACCUGUCCAUCAUGGCGGCUCAGUCGGUAUAUGACACAUCCAUGCCACGACCUCGCAGAGAAGUGGUCCGUGGGGAGAUCCUGCCCAGCGCCUGGGUCCUGCAACCUCUCACUCUGGAAGGGAAGGAGGUCACCAGGGUCAUCUACUUGGCCCAGGUAGAACUUGGUGCUCCAGGCCUAGCCCCUCAGCUCCUGAACACCUUUAUCAAACAGCAGCCACUGGUUAUAGCCAGACUGGCCUCCUUCCUUGGUAGCUAGCAUCCCAUCAUCAAGAUGGUGCUGCUGCGAUGCAGGCCCAGCAGGCUCCAGAGACGCUGCGGCAGCUCCUUGCUACUUUCUUUGCCCUGGUGCGAGAAGAGCUGAGGUGACUGCUGUGGCCGACUGAACAGACAGCACUCAGCCCAGCAUUGCCAGCAAAGCCCUGUCAGUCCCUGGUCACAGCUGCCGCCACUGCAGAGCUCCUGGCCCGAGCCCCUGGCCCUGGCCGUCCAGGGCGUGCAAAGCUCAGUCCACCCUCUGGAUUUCUCACCUUCAUGCCCUGUGUCUGGGGCCUCAAGGCACACAGCUUGCUCAAGGCCCAGGACUGGGUGCGGCCAGCUGAGCUGGGGGCCUGCAGGGAAGCAAGCAGCCAUUGGCCAAGACUCCUCCGAAUCUGCCUCUGGAGUUCAGCCCCACUGUGGGAUGGGGUGUUGGACAAUACCAAAACAGAAAAAGGGUUUUAAAAAACAGCUGCACAAACCGGAAAA